AUGAGUAACAACCAUUUUCAUGGUAGCAUUCCCCAAUUGUGUCCAAAUGGAAGCAAUGUGAGAAUGAUUGAUCUAAGCCACAAUCAGUUUCAAGGACGUUUACCACAAAUGUUGGCCAAUUGUACGAUGCUGGAAGUUCUCAAUCUCGGGAACAAUCGAUUCAAUGAUGUUUUCCCUUCAUGGUUAGGGACUCUUCCAAACUUAAGGUUACUUGUACUUCGAUCCAACAGCCUCCAAGGAGUGAUAAGGAAACACAGCAACCCUGGUUUUUCUAGUCUGCAUGUUUUUGAUAUCUCCAAUAACAGUUUUAAAGGUGAAUUGCCAUCUGAAUUCUUUAAAAAUUUGAAGGCCAUGAGAUUUAAAGAUGCUGCCAAUUCAUCGUAUCUGGUGGCAAACUUUAGUUUUGUUGUAAAGGCCGUUCCAUGGAGGGAUGAAUUUGCUUACUCAAUAACCAUAACAAACAAAGGCAGGGUUAUGCUUUAUGAGAAGAUCCAAGAAGCUUUUGUAGUCAUUGACGUUUCAAAUAACAGAUUUGAGGGAUCAAUUCCAGAGAGUUUCGGUAUCCUACAAGGGCUUCAUGUGCUUAAUCUUUCGAACAACAUUCUCACUGGUAAAAUCCCAUCAUCCUUUGGAAGCAUAACAAAUCUUGAAUCACUUGAUCUUUCAAACAACAACCUCUCAGGACAUAUCCCUACACAACUUGGACAAUUGACAUUUCUUGCUGUCUUUAAGGUCUCUUAUAACCAUCUGAUUGGACCUAUACCCCAAAUGAACCAACUUAUCACAUUUGAUGUCAGUUCAUAUGAGGGGAACCUGGGAUUAUGCGGAAUUCCAUUGCCAAAAAAGUGUGAAAGUUCAGUACCUCCUUCAGGUUUUCAAGAUGAACAAGAUUCAAACUCUGCAUUGGAGCUUUAUUGGAUGACAAUUGUGCCAGGAUAUGUGAGUGGGCUGGUAAUUGGAGUGGUUAUUGGGCAGAUAUUUGCAACCAAGAAGCAUGACUGGUUUGUGGAGACUUUUGGGCAGGCGAAAUUAAAAGGCAGAAGGGUGAAAAGGGGUCGGCGAAGAAGGUGA